AUGCCGAAUUUACCUCUUCAAAGUUGGGAUGAAAUAAAUAUUUGUAGGAUUGCCUCUAAGAUUGGUAAACCUAUCUUGAUUGAUGCUAAUAUGUUCCAAUGGGGGAGAAGAGAGUUCGGUAGAAUUUGUGUCCGUAUCAAUUUGGAUACUCAACUCCCUCUUGGUGUUUGGGUUGAAGGAAGCACAGGUAAAUUCUUCCACAAAUUGGAAUAUGAAAGGCUUCCUAACCUUUGUUUUGAUUGUGGAAAACUUGGUCACUUGAAAAAAGAUUGCAAAGAUAAGAAUUUGGAAGGAAUCAAUGGUCCAGCAGGAAAUAAUGUGGUUCAGGAUAAGAAUAGCUUAAAUACCAAUAAUACUAUUGGUUCAUCUAUGAAUGCUGAGAAGACAAAUGAAGGCUACGGACCAUGGCUACUUGUGAAUUAUGGGAAAAAAAAAUUCAUAAACUUUGGUUUCAGGAAUUUUAUCUCUAGAAGCAAAGAAGUUAAGGGAUCUAAUGAUGCUGUUGGCUUUUCAGAUAAUUCUAAUCAAAGCUUAAUGAAGAAUGGCAAGAAGAUUUGGAAAGAGGUUGGUUUGAUGAAUACAGAGAAUUCAAUAGGUCUUGAUAAGGAAGAUUUGGAACCUCGACAGAAGCCAGAAUGCUACUACUGGAUCAAAGACAAUCAGCUGGAGGAAGGAGAAAUUGUAAAUUCUGGAGGCAUUCUGGAUUUUGUUAACAGAGAUGAUUUGAUGGCUGUAAAUUUUACACAAACUGAUGGAUUGGCGGAUAAAGAGGAUGUAAUGAAGAAAGAUAAUUCUUCUAAUUUGAAAAGAAAAGGCUCCAAUCAACUUAAAGGGCUUGGUCCUUUUAAAUUGGCUCCUAGGAGUAGGAGAGCUGAAGGAGAUGUUAAGGAUAAAGGAGCUAGGAAGAGAAAGGCUUCUCUAUACUUGAAGGAGGUGGUGAAAAAUCAUGGUAUUUUUUUCAUUGGUUUACUUGAAACUAAAGUUAUGAAUUUUGAUAGAAAGGAUGUGGAUCUUCUGAUUGGUCCAGAUUGGGACUUCUUUCAUGUUCCUUCAGAUGGUUUAUCUGGAGGUUUGCUUGUUCUUUGGAAGGCUAACUUUGUUAGAUUCCAUAUUGUGGAAUUCUGCUCUCAAUUCAUCCUAGGUGAUUUGGAUAUUCCUAAUAAAGGGAUUUUGAGUAUUGCUUCUAUUUAUGGCAAGAAAGAUGUUUAUAAGAGAAGGAGGAUUUGGGAAAGGUUGGAAGUUCAUUCUUCUAAGGAUCUUCCAAUGGUUUUGGGAGGUGAUUUUAAUUGUAUUCUUUCUAAAGAUGACAAGAGGGAAGGAAAAAGAUUCUUGUUUUCCCUUGGGCCCAAGGAGAUGAAGUCAUUUCUUGCUGUUAAUGACUUUCAUGAAGUUGGUUUUGUGGGGUCUAAAUUUACAUGGUGCAACAACAAAAAAGGUGGAGAUCGAAUUCUAGAAAGGCUUGAUAGAUGCUUUCUAAAUUCGGUGGCUUUGAACUCUCCUCAUAGAUUGUUGGUGAGACACUUGGCUCGGAUUUCUUCUGAUCAUUGUCCGGUGGUGUUAAAUCUUAUGGUGCAGAAUUCAGCAAAAAAAUUUCUCAGAUUUGAAGAAGUUUGGGCUUCUAACAAAGCUUCGAUGGCUGUUAUCAAAGGCACUUGGAGGAAAGAAGUUGAUGGAAGCUUCUCACAGAUUUUGAAUCUCAAAAUGGAGAAAACACUUAAAAAUCUUUAUUAUUGGAGUAAGGCUAAGCAUAUCAGCCUUGUUAAGCUGAAAGAGGAUCUGUUAAAGAUUAUUGAAAAUCUUCAAACUAAAGAAGCAAACGAAGGUGCGUUAUCUGAGGAGGAGAGUUGGCUUUUGAAAGUGAAAGUCGGUGAAUUGAAUUCUACCCUUGCAAAGCUGGACACUUGGUGGAGGCAAAGAGCAAAAGUUAAAUGGUUGGUUGAGGGGGAUAGAAACUCAAGGUUUUUUCAAGCUUAUGCUUCAGCUUGA